AUGUUUGCUUCAGUCCUUGCAGUUGUCUCUACCCUCGCCGCCUCCGUGGUGGGUGUUCCUAACCUUGCUGCCCGUGAGGUCUUGGCUACUUGGCCCGCCGAUGGCUUUAAGCAGGAGUGCUUCCACCCAGGCGGCUGCACAGCCGUUUUCAACAUCAACGCCCCCGAGGAAUACGUAAAAGGCGCUCCGGCAUUCAAAGCCGUCUGCCACCCUCUCUCCGCUGAUAAAGAUAGCGCACAUAGCUGCGAGACCAUAACUGCGUCUGAUAGUUCGUACGUGGAGUCGGUGUGGGAAGUACCCUCGUCGGACGACCUUGUUAAGCUCUCGAUCUUCCACGUCUGGAACCAGGGCGAGACCCGGUACAAUGCCUCCGGCUCCGUCGAGUUCCCCGCCAGCGCCACCUCGUUUGAGUUGCCAGUGACCUCGCUCACUGCCGUCUUGUAA